CACGGGCACCACCAGGCUGCAGCCCUGCCCAGCGCGGGGCGCCCCUGCUGCCCCCGGGCCGCCCCGCCGGUCCCCCGUCCCCCCUCAGUCUGGGGCAGCCGCUAAGGGCCCCGUGAGGCGCGGCUGUUGCUGCGGGGCGAGCACAGCGCCAGCGCCAGGGCCAGCAGUGCGGGGCCCGGGCCGGGCCCGGGAUCCAGGGAGGGACCGAGCCAGGCCGCGCGGCAGCCGCGUCUCCCCAGCAACGGGCCUAGCUCCCGGCGCGGCGCCGCGCCCCCUCCCCCCCGGCUCGGGGCUGAGCUCCCCCCACCUCCCCCGGGCCGGGUUUGGGGGUGCGCGUGUGCGCGCGGGGGGAGGGGGAGGCUCGUCUUGGCCUCAUUUCCUCCCCGCUCUCCUCCGCACCCACCCAGCAGCGGGCUCGUGGAGCUGGGAGGAGGCUCGUCUCCUCCCUCCUGCUCCCGCUGCCGCCGCCGCUGGGUCGGCCGGGGCUGCGGGCAUCUCCUACCUCGGCGCCAGGGCUCGAGGGGGGAGGUGGGAGGGGGGCCGCCACCGACCCUCGCCGCUGCGCGCUGGGGAGCGGGGCGCGCGGCCCCACCAUGGGCAAGGACCAGGAGCUGCUGGAAGCCGCUCGCACGGGGAACGUGGCUCUGGUGGAGAAACUCCUGUCUGGGAGGAAAGGCGGGAUCUUGGGCAGUGGAUCCGGAGCUAUUCCCUUAUCCAGCUUGCUGAGCAUCUGGCGAGGACCAAAUAUAAAUUGUACAGACAGCUCAGGUUACACUGCUUUACACCAUGCAGCUUUAAAUGGACACAAGGAUAUUGUUCUCAAAUUACUUCAGUUUGAAGCAUCAACUAAUGUGGCAGAUAACAAAGGUUAUUUUCCUCUGCAUUUGGCUGCUUGGAGAGGAGAUGUAGACAUUGUGAAGAUUCUCAUCCAUCAUGGGCCAUCACACUCCAGAGUGAAUGAACAGGUCCGCCGCUGUCCUUUCUCCACUCUCCACAGCCGGACUUCCAUGUCUUCUCUGCAGAACAAUGAAAAUGAAACACCGUUGCAUUGUGCGGCUCAGUAUGGACAUUCAGAAGUAGUUGCUGUUCUACUGGAAGAGCUAGCAGACCCAACAAUAAGAAACAACAAAUUAGAAACUCCUUUGGAUCUGGCAGCACUUUAUGGGCGUCUACGGGUAGUAAAGAUGAUCAUCAAAGCCUAUCCAAAUUUGAUGAGCUGCAACACUAGAAAACAUACACCUUUGCAUCUGGCUGCACGUAAUGGCCACAAAGCUGUUGUACAGGUGCUUCUAGAGGCUGGAAUGGAUGUCAGCUGCCAAACAGAAAAGGGAAGUGCGCUACAUGAAGCUGCUUUAUUUGGAAAGGUGGAUGUAGUACGUAUUUUGCUAGAAACAGGAAUUGAUGCCUACAUAAAGGACAGUUUAGGUAGAACAGUUUUAGAUAUUCUUAAAGAACAUCCAUCUCAGCAAUCACUCCAAAUUGCUGCUCUACUUCAAGACUACAUGGAAACAGGAAAUGCAUCUGUUUCAGAGGAACCCAUGCAGGAAUGUCCACUGUCAGAACAUCAGUCUUGCAUUUUAUCCCCAGAAGUUUCUCCAUCCCAAAGGACUAAAAGUGAAGCUGUGACUGGAGAGUUAUCAAAGCUCUUAAAUGAAAUCAAGCUAUGCCAAGAAAAGGAAUAUUCUUUUGAAGAUUUGUCACAUACAAUAUCAGACCAUUUUCUGGACAAUUUUAGUAAGAUAGAAGAAGAAGAACUUGUGACCAGUGGAAGCCAAACAAAACUUAAUAUAAAGACUUCAUCAACAAACUUGUCACCAGGAGAAGAGGAAGAGGAAGAUGCGGGUGAAAACAGUUGUGGUCCCACAGGUUUAUGGGAGGCAUUAACACCUUGCAAUGGAUGCAGGAACCUUGGAUUCCCUAUUCUCACACAGGAAUCCUUUCCAAAGAAGAGGAGCUAUGCACUGGAAAUAAUACCAUCUGCUUCCCUUGAUAUACUUACUUCAGAAAAUGAGAACCAUUUAUGUGAUUCCAUGGAGAUAGCAGUUACAAAGAAGCCAUGUUCAUUAGAAAUAGCAAGGUUAUCUUCCUCAAGAACAGUCUUGUCUCCAGCAAGAAGAAAAAAUAAUGCACCUCAGGUAGCAAUUACUGCACCAGGAACUGGUAACCAUAGAAACAGCUCUACAGGCCCAACACCUGACUGCUCUCCUCCAUCACCAGACACUGCACUUAAAAACAUAGUAAAAGUUAUACGCCCUCAGCCUAAACAGCGCACAUCAAUAGUAUCUUCUCUGGAAUUUCACCGACUGAAUCACAGCCACGAUUAUUUUGAAAUCAGCUCGUCCAUUGGUCAUGCAAGCUUUACUUCCAGUCCUCCGGUCAGUCCAGCUAACUAUUCAACUGGAUCAGUUGAAGACAGUGUUGAAGAUGGUGAACUUUCAGACACUCUGACCUACGGAAGCUCUGAGAAGAAACCCAGUAAUGGGCACCAAAACAAACAUAUCCAGCUCUUCUGUAAGGAGAAUCUUUGUCUACAAGAAGUAUCCACUGAAAAUGAGCUUCCUGAAGGAAACCCUGCUGAACAAUUUGCUGGUCUGCUUCAUGGAUCAUCACCUGCCUGUGACCCACCUGAAAAUCCACUGCAGCUGUAUAGCAAAAUAGACCAGUGCAAUGAUCCACAAAGGAAAAGCAGCUUAAACAAGAAUACAGUGCAACAGACAUGGAUGCAACAGGAAAACAGCACUGAUGCCCCAGUUAAGAAAAAAAAACCACAAGUUGUAAGCAGAACCAUAUUUUAUACUAAAAUUAAACCAGUAGAAAAUCGUACAUUGGUUGGCACAACAACAAGGCUGGGCGAGCAAUGGGUAAUCACUACAGGGGGAUUUGUGGAGCGAGCUUGCACACUUGGAAGGAUACGAUCUUUGCCUAAGGCACUGCUUGAAAUGCAUUUAUCCAAAAAUGUUUCAAAGUCAGACUCUAAUCUUAUCUCCUGUCCACCUAAUGAGAAGAAAACACGAAGUAACUGGGGUGAAGCCACACUAAGACAACAGAAUUCUAAAGGAAAUUCUGAAAGAACACCGUCCUUCACUUCAGAAUGGGAAGAAAUUGAUAAAAUAAUAAGUUCCAUAGAUGCUGGAAUUAACACUGGGCUAGAAGAAAUGAAUGAUCAUAUUGCAAGACCCAGAUGCCCUGUUCAGACAGUGGGACAAUGGUUGGAAAAUAUUGGGCUACCUCAAUAUGAGAACCACUUGAUGGCUAAUGGAUUUGACAAUGUACAAUUUAUGGGAAGCAAUGUAAUGGAGGAUCAGGAUCUGUUGGAAAUAGGAAUACUUAACUCUGGACACAGACAAAGAAUUCUGCAGGCAAUCCAGCUCCUUCCAAAGAUUAAACAAAUUGGUCAUGAUGGCUACAACCCCCCGUCUGUGGCUGAGUGGCUGGACUCCAUUGAACUGGGUGACUAUACCAAAUCCUUUCUGAUUAAUGGCUAUACAGCGAUGGACCUAGUGAAAAAAAUCUGGGAGAUUGAACUAAUGAAUGUCUUAAAAAUCAGCUUGAUUGGCCACAGAAAACGCAUUUUGGCAUCUCUAGGAGACAGGCUUCACGAAGAUCCUCCUCAGAAACCACCACGGUCAAUAACCCUCAGGGAACCCAGUGGUAACCACACUCCUCCUCAGUUGUCUCCAUCACUUAGCCAAAGCACAUACACUACUGGUGGCUCCCUAGACGUUCCUCACAUUAUCAUGCAGGGUGAUGCAAGAAGAAGAAGAAAUGAAAACUAUUUUGAUGAUAUUCCCCGGUCAAAGUUGGAAAGGCAGAUGGCACAGCAGUCGUCUGUCUGUGAGAUAUGGACCAACCAGAAUGCAGGAUAUCCUUUCUCAUCGAUCCAUCAGGUUCAUAAUACAGGAGACUGGGGAGAGCCUUCAAUUACCUUACGACCUCCUAAUGAAGCCACAGCAUCGACACCAGUACAGUACUGGCAACAUCACCCAGAGAAACUCAUCUUCCAGUCAUGUGAUUAUAAAGCAUUUUAUUUAGGUUCUAUGCUGGUAAAAGAGUUAAGAGGCACAGAAUCAACGCAGGAUGCCUGUGCAAAGAUGAGGAAGUCUACAGAGCAAAUGAAGAAAGUACCUACUAUUGUUCUAUCAGUCUCUUACAAGGGAGUCAAAUUUAUUGAUGCAACGAAUAAGAAUAUUAUUGCUGAACAUGAAAUCCGCAACAUUUCUUGUGCUGCACAAGAUCCUGAAGACCUCUCAACAUUUGCCUACAUCACUAAAGACUUGAAGACUAACCACCACUACUGCCAUGUAUUCACUGCAUUUGACGUGAAUUUAGCCUAUGAAAUCAUUCUUACACUAGGACAAGCAUUUGAGGUUGCCUAUCAGCUUGCUCUACAAGCACGCAAAGGAGGCCAUUCUUCAACCCUUCCAGAAAGCUUUGAAAACAAACCCACCAAACCAAUUCCAAAACCACGGGUUAGCAUUCGAAAGUCUGUGCAGAUAGAUCCAUCUGAACAAAAGACUCUUGCCAAUCUACCAUGGAUUGUAGAACCUGGACAAGAAGCCAAAAGAGGCAUUAAUACCAAGUAUGAAACUACAAUUUUCUGAUACAAAACUGUCCUCUGUUCUUUGUUGUGCCUUGCACUCCAAGCAGUCACAGCACAGCCUUUCCUUUACGGCAAUGUUUCAGUCCAGCAGAGAGGAAGACUGCACUGUAAGAGUGGCCUUGUAACUAACAAAAAAAAAAAAAAAGGCUGAUAGUCAUUUCUGGUGAUGUUCUUCCUGCAGCACUGACAGAAGAAUGACACUAUUUGAAGACUUUUACAUUACAGUCCACAAGAGGAGAGAGAAAAAUACUAUUUUUCAUGCAGUUCUCUCUUGUGACUUUGCCACAGUGCUUUCUUUGAUUUCUUAUUUUAGGAUUCUACUUUUUAAAGAGGUCUCUAAACUAACAUUAAUGCUGCCAAUGAGUAUGACAUUUGAUUGCUUUUUUUAUUUAAAUCUUGGCAGUUUUUAAUUGAAAUAGAAACCAGAAUGAUUAAAUAUAGUAUUUGUCAAACCACUGGAUUCCUAAAGAAUUACUCUUUAUUGACUAAAAGUCAAAGAUGACAAUAAAUUAGGUACCCUGAUUUCUGUGUGUGCUGGUUUUAUAUGUAAUCAUUAGUGUCCUUUGGUCCUCUACAAAAAUAAGAGCCUAUCACGGUCUGAUAAAAGGAUCAGAAUUUUAUGAAUGGUUAAACAGAGGAUUUAAUAAUGCACAAAAAACAUGUCUUGUAUUACAUAUUUUUAUGGAAGAGGAAUGCUAUAGAAGAACAUAGUAAUAUUUAUGAGAGAGGAAGUCAGAUUAAUUAUGAAAGAUUAUUUAUUUUAAAGUUAACUAAACCAUUGCUAUUGUACCAUUAGCAAAAUGCUAAGAGUUGUGGCAUCAAUGCACUGGAUGCUUCAUCUGAUGGGAGCAGAAUUGGAAGCAGACUAGUCAUUGCACUACACGUACAUACAGUUUACAAAGUUUAACGUUGCUAUAGCCAUGAAUUCUACUAGUAUUUUUAAAAAUCUCAGUGGUUCUAAAGAACAUAUUCAAAACUAGCGCUUUUGCUUUCAAGGUUUCUGUCACAGAAAGCUUGUUUGAAAGAAGUGUUGAUAAAGUACUAACAUUUUCUAAAUAAAAAAAGAAAGAAAAAGAAAAAAAUUCCAAAGUAAUAAUAAUAAUGUUUUCAUGAAACAAAAAAAGGUUAAGCAUUUGUUUGACCUUUGAUUAAUGAAAUUUACUUACAUUUUCUUUAAAGUGUUUUAAUUUUUUUAAUGUCUGUGGAGUAUUUGUAUAAUACCAUGAUGUAUAUUUAUGUAGAACUGAAUUAUGACAGUACAAAUAUCAUUAUAGGAAAAAAAAAUGACAUUUUAAUGUAUAUUGUUCUAUCCAGUCAAAUUGUGAAUCAUUUUGGAGUUCAUUAUAGAGAUAUUGAUAAAUUGCGUGGUUGUCUUAAUGUUUUUUUUAUUAUUAUUAUUAUUUCAUAUCUGACUGAGGUUUUCAGCUACAAUAAUCAAUUGGUGAAUUCCAAAAAUGGAAAACUGAACUUGGUUUAAAAUUGAUAACUGUAUAUGGGUUAGUUAAACCGAAUUAUAGCUUGGAGUAAUGAAAACUUUUAAUACGGUAUUCAAUUUACUUGAACAAAAUAGUUUCUUGUACAUAUUUUGCCUAUUCACUGUUGAUAUGUAUGUAGUAAACUGACAUUAAAAGGAAAAGAAAACCUUCACUAAAAAUAUGGUACCAAAAGGAAAAUUGUAUAGGAGAACAGUAAAUAGUAGCCUCACUGCAACAAAUACUUAUGUAAAUAUGCUUGGGCUUCCAGUUAUAAAUUUUGUAAUUUUGUCAUUUAUUUAUAUCCUAUAAAAGCACACAAAAUAAAACAAAGUUGUACAGUC